UGGACGCUGCAACCGUGCGGACGUGUUUUUCGUGCUUCCGAGGUUAGAAUUAGAAUUUUCGAGGGUUUUGCGGUGUCGUUUGUCGAUCUUGGAAAGUUUGUUUGGUGUUUGGGUUUUCCGCUCGGUCUAAUAGGUUGGUUGUGAAAAUCGGUUGGUUUACCGAAUCGUUUUGGUGGUCGUUUAGUGCGAAGAACAUCCGAGGCGCCGUUUGGACCGGUUUAUGGACUGCUCGGCCACUGUUGGACCCACACACACGGGAAAUUGCCGCCGGCGGGAAUCAAAAUAAAUAGAGAAGGAGACCGCCACUGCGCUGGAUGAAAGGAGCGAUUUUCCCGCGCGAAAAGGCCGGAAAACUGUUUGAAAUAGCCGGUAAUGUAGUCGGGGUGAACUUUGAAACAAAUUUUGCCAAUUAACCUCCCGAAAAUCGUGGGGUUAGUAAAACGCGAAAAACCCCGACAGUUUAUCCCAUCACGGUUUACGUUAGUGAUUGAACAGUGUGUCGAUUGGCUGGAAAAGCAAUAAUCAAGGAAAUUUGAGGAAAACACAAAAAAGUGCGCGGAAAACCUCGAACCGAAAAACCCAAAAAAACAACCAACUGACGAUGAUUAGCGCGGCAGUUAAAUUUAUUAUUUAUUGAAAAAACAAUAUAAAUAAAUCAAACCCCCCGAAAGCGCUUUCAACUCAAUCGCGAAAGGAAAAACAAAAUCUCGACGCCGGAAACAUGAUUGACUGCGACGCGUCGUCGACGUCUCCAGCAGCUGGAUUUUCGCGAUCUUUGAAAUAUUGAAGAAAAUCGACAAAGAAAAAAAGGCUAAUAAAAAGAAAAACACACAAAAACGUUUGAUUCGAUUGACGGGAAAUCAAUCGAGACGCAAGGGUUUGGGUGUGUGUGUGUGUGUUGCGAAAAAGAGGAUAAAGAUUAACGUUAGUCAGUGACUAACAGACGAUCGUGGAAGACUGACAACAUCAGUUCGAAAUAAUUGGAGGUGUGAGCUUCUGUAGUGUGAAAAGUGAUUCUGUAGUGUUUGUUGGGAUUUUUUUUGAACAGCGAAAGGUAGAAACAGGGAGUUGCAUUAUUUUGCAGGAUCAGAUUGAAUUAUAAGAAUGAAUCUGACGAUGCGACUGCUAGCGCUGGCGUCCUGCCUGCUGCUGUACCCGACCUCCUCCGGCCACCGGAUACAGCUGUCCGACUCGAUUCUGGACAUCAUCAACACACGGCACGUGGAACGGGUGCUCGCGGAACGGCGCAUGAACGCCUCAUCGCGCGACGAGAAACGCUACCUGGUUCAGAACGAGCUGGCCGAGGACGAGGACGGUGGUGGUGGUGGUGGUGGUGGGGGAGGGGCGACCGAGGACAGCAGCAUCGGUUCCGACCUGUACCAAACGCCCGAGGUGGCGAUUGACUUUGACUUUAACGGGAGACGUCACGGCGGAGGAGGAGGGGCGUUCAACGAGACUGGGGGUUAUCAGUAUCAGGCGGCUACGUCGUCUUCGUCGAAUGCGGACAUUCUGGCCGAUCUGCAGGCAUACCGCGGCGAUAAGCUGCUCAAGUCGAGCAAGAACGCGCUGGUGGUGACGCGCAAGGAGUACCUCAAGAAGGACUGGUGCAAGACGGAACCGCUGGUGCAGCGGAUUCGGGAGGAAGGUUGCCUCAGCCGGACCAUCAUCAACCGCUUCUGCUAUGGCCAGUGCAACUCGUUCUACAUUCCAAAGUCGCCCAAGCGGCCACGGCGGCAUGGUGGCCAGAACAAUAACGGUGGCCGUGGUGGUCACCACCAUCGGAACGGUGGCACUCCGGUUCCACCCCGGGAGGUCAACCUGGACUUUGAGGACGAGGACCUGACCGGGCCGGCUUUUCGUUCGUGCGCCUUCUGCAAGCCGAAAAAGUUCACCUGGAUCACGGUCACGUUGCGGUGUCCCUCGCUCGUGCCCCAGCUACGCCGGAAGCGCAUCCAACGCAUCAAGCAGUGCAAAUGCAUUGCCGAGCCGUUGAACUAAGUCGCGUUUUAUUUUUUUGUUUUGUCGUUCUGUUAUUAGGCGUAGAGUGCGUGAGUGUGUGUGUGUCACAGUGUGAAUGAUUGUGAUUCUGAGAGGGGGCGUCAGGGCGCAUUUACGCCAAUCUCCGACGCGUCCAAAAACCAAGAAGUGUAAGAAAGUGUAGGUUUUAUUCUCUCUGUUUGUUUCUGUAAGGUUAUUAUUUAAGGUCUGUUUUGUUUUAAGUUUUGGAGAGACACCGUUAAGUUCGUCGACUACGGCGCCGUCGACGCCGCCGCACCGCAUUGUGACUGUUGCUUUAAUUCCUGUGUGCAAACACUUUUUAUUGCCUUUUAAUUGUUAGGUUCAUCGUAACAAUGAUUUAAGACAGUCGUUAGAGACUCAACGCCAGCGUCUAAAGUAUUCGAAUGCAAAAUCGAUUCCAGUAACUGUAGGAAAAAUCCGAUAGUACCAGAAACAUCGUCAAAUCGUCUCCUCAAACUUCCACAAUUCAAAAAUCCCAAACGCUGAUUCAUAGUUUGUAGCUGUGGCUACCGAACUCCGUGGUCACAUCCCCCCGCAAUCAACAACAGAUUUAUCGGAUUAGUGCCACAAUCCCCACACAUUUGGCCAUAAUCGAUCGAUCAAAUUUCACUGCUGCCGCCGGCGGAUUAUCCCGCCAAAUUGGAGCCCCCUCUGACUCUCACUCGUUUGUGGCAUUGUUAUUCUAAUGCAAUGCAAACAGGUGCUGAUUUUGGGGGGAGGUGACGACGACAAAGACUUGUGAUGAGUGAAUGAGUCACCUGAGAGAGUGGUGUUCCAAAUCGUUUUUAGCCACUUUUGAAGAGGACGCAAGCCCCCAGAGGAUGAGGCAAUGCUGCUUGGUGGGAUGAAUAAAUUUGCGUGAAAACAAAGUUGGAACAUCAUCGGCUAUGGAGAAGUACAUGUUUUUUUCCGUGUGAGAUUAUCGUGAUCGGUUUUUUUUGUGGACCAACUGUUUUUUUCGAUUUUAUCUAGAACAAGACGAAUUUCACAAGUUUUGAUUCCAAAUUUUUCCAAAGCUUAAUUUCUUUUGAAUGAUUUGAAAAUUCGACAAAGAUUAAAUUUUUUACAAUGAAAAUCGUAAGGCUAACGAAAAACACCUAAAAAUUUUAUUUUUCUCAUUUUUUUAAUUUAAUUAAAUGUCUCGGAGACUAGAGGAACGGCAUGUUAUACCAUCGGGCACUUAAUGGUGGCAUAUCAACACUUUGGUUUUCGAUUACAGCAUCUUAAAAGCGUUUUCAACUCAUAUCAAGCAUAGCUUAGUCGGAAGUGAGCAAGCAAGUUUAUAUCAAGACUAUGGCAAAACAAGUAGUUUAAAUAGUGGUAAUUUGCAAAUUCGACGGAAUUUGGACCGGGUCAAAAUACACAUACGAUUAUUUCCCCUAUUCGUCCGAGUUUCAGAUAAAAAAAAGAAAAAUUGCUGUUUUCUCAGCUAUUUGAACAAAGUUUUCUGAAAUGGAAACACAUGAACACUAUUUCAAGAAAACCAAAUAAAUACUUGUUUCUACUUGGAAUUAACCCUAAAAUGGCUAUAACUUAAAAAGAGGAAAGUUUUUUAUUUUUGAAGGUUAAGUACUUUUUGAUAGCAUGCCAGAUGUUGAUUGAAAAAAAUAUUUUAGUAGAAAAAAUAAGACUAAAUUUCAAUAAUUUUUGAAAAAUUUAAAAUUUAUUUAAAAUUUUAACUUUGUAUUUUUGUUAGUCCAUACUUUUUUGCUCAGAAUUUGCUUUUUUUUUGUAGAAAAAAGUUAAUGAAAAAUGUUUUUCGAGUGCUACUGUUUUACGGAACUUUGCUGAAGACACCAAACUUUCGAGGAAAUGAAUUUGUAAGUAAAAAUGUUUCUUUUUUCGUACAAAAGUCCUUCAAAAAGUGUAAGCCAGUCAAACAAAUACAAAUAAAAUCAAUUUUCCGGUUGUCGUGGAGUUAAAAAUGGCUAAUGGCAUGCCCAAAACAAAUUUCUGAUCUCUUUUUUAAAUUUAAAUGCAAAACAGAUCAUUUUAAAAAGUAUUAAAUGUUUAUUUUCUGGAAAUAUAGUAAUUUUCAUAUAAAAUCAAAGAUUUAUAGAAUGAAAUAAAAAGCUAUAAUUAU